AUGUCAAACAACUCGGAUGUCAACCCUUUGAACGAACCAAUAACCACCGCAGAGAUUUCUCUGCUAGCAGGACUGACCGCACUUUCCUUAGUACUAGGUACCUUAUUAUUCGGGAAACUACCAGACACCCUUGGAAGAAAGAAUACCUUACUGAGCAUAUCGAUGAUGAUUCUCAUAACAAAUCUAGUGAUGGUCUUCUUUGGAAUCCACGUAUACGUCUACAUCAUUUGCCGGUCCAUCCAGCAAUUGGGAUACGGGUUGCUGCUAGCGAACCUACCCAUCUAUGUAAAUGAAAUUACUGAAGACCACAACAGAGCAAAGUACGGGUGCCUGACGAUGUUCUUCCUGCCCUUGGGAAAUCUAUACGGUUACCUUGUGGGUCCUCUAACAAGCGUGAAAUGGUUCACUUUCCUGAAUGCUGCGCCUUUGAUACCACAGAUGAUACUCUUCCACUUACUAGUCCCAGAGUCCCCCAUUCACACAGCUGCUAAGGGUGACAGAGUAACAACUAUAAGAACUUUGAAGAAACUGAGGGGCAACAAAAGUGAAGAGGAAAUCCUCCAGGACUACGUGAAGAUUCAGGAAAGUUUGAAGUCUGGAAGUAGAGAUUCUAGUGUGGGUGGCUUGAAGAAACUAUUUGGAUCUCGGGGGUCCAGAAUGGGAGUUCUAAUUGGGUUCGGAGUGUGCCUCAGUCAGCACGUGUCAGGAGUUCCUGUUGUCAUGUCUUUUUUGGCACCCAUAUUCAAUGAGGCCAAUGCUAGUCUGUCUGGUAAUGAAGUUGGGAUGCUGGUUGGAGCAGUAAAACUGGUUUUUUUCUUCAUAACAGCUGCAGUUGUAGGAAGAUUCGGUAGAAGAACUUUAGUACUGAUAUCCUGCAUGGGCACUGCAGUGUCCCUGGUUUUCAUAACAGUGUAUUUUUAUCUGAACGCAACCAACGCACCGAUAGUUCAAAAUCAGUUCGUCAGGUGUGAUGAAAAGUGGAUCAUCUACAACAACAGAAGACGUUUAGGACAGUGGUUGUACACCGAUGACCUACCCAGACACAUUUCAAAGGCGAAAACCCACCAAAGAGACCAUGGUUAUUGA